UGCUUUUAACUUGUGUUUUUCGGUUGUUGACGGGUGUCUGGCGCUUGACAACAGGUGAAACGUGGAUCUCUGUGGACUUUCAGGGGGAGUUGAAACGUGAUGGGAGCACGGUGACAGAAAGAAAAUGCAGACGGUGUCUUUGGAGGAGGAUGGGACGUCCCCCUGUGCUUCUGUUUUCUGAAAGAGGAAAACUUCAAUCACUUGACUACAUUGUCUUCAUCGGCUGCUGUAGUGUCUUAUGAAACCUCUGGAGGCGUGAUCUGAUUGGUCCUUGAAACCUGUGAGAAGACCUAACAGCCAAUCAAGAGUCCAGCUUUCGGCUCCUCUGCAGUGAUUUCUGCUUCACACUGGACUCAACACAACCCGGUGGAGAGGGGAGAUCUCCGUUCACUGCAGCUGGAUUGGGAUUUUACCUAAAGAGCUAGCUGCUGUUGACGGCGUCACUUCCUUCUCCGUUUAUCCGCUGGCAGUAGGAGACGGUGUCGCCGUCUACUGCCCAUGCUCUCCUCGCCGAUGACACAGUCUCACGUUGAUCACCAAUAUGGAGGUGCCCUGGAAGCUCCCACACAUCAUACUUCCCAAACCAGCUUCAUCCUCUAUGCGUCCCCAAGGAGCAGUAAGGAGGGGUGCUAUUAAAAGCACACUGAAAGAGGAACUUCAAGAGAAGUCCGAUGGCUCAUCAGAGAAGGGCGAUGAGGUAGGAGAGGAGAAGCUCAGCCCAGAGGAAGAAAGUGCGUCGGAGCCUGUUAAUCUAGAAGUUAUAGGAACGAACACCGGUCCAACAAUGUUCAGGCUUCCCUCACAAGACAGUUUGUCAGGGGAAAACACCGUUUCAGAGGAGAUGCUGGCAGAGGAGGCCAGGAAGAAGAGUAAAGAGGAGGAAGCAGCAGCUAAGGAGAGGGCUGCUCAAAGACAGCAGCUGGCCAUAGAAGAGCUCGUCCAGUCUGAGAGGAAUUACCUCCGAAUGCUGCAAAUAUGUUCAGUGGAUAUCAGGAGCAGCCUGCAGCAGCUUCAGCCUCCUCUAGCCAACCUGGACAGGCUGUUUCUUUACAUCGAGGAUGUGAUGGAGGUGUCGAGCCGUCUCCUCAGCCUUUUGGACCGGAGGCCAUCCGGAGAACCUCAGUUUUUACAAACCCUCUGUGAUUCAUUCCUCAGCCUCUCUUCAGACAUCGAAGCAGCCUAUAAGGAAUACUUGGCUUACUACAAUCAGAUCUCCAUAGUGGAGAACAGCUACAAGCAGAAAGAGGCUCUUUGGAAUGAGAUUGUUAGAAUCAUUAAGGCCUCAGCGCCUGAGGUCAACGCCUCGUCUCUGAGUUUCUUCUUGGUGAUGCCGGUGCAGCGAAUUGCCAGAUAUCCUCUCCUCUUGCAGACCAUCCAAAAACACACUGACACCUCUCACCCCGCCUUCAAGCUGCUGGAGAAGACUGCUCUCACCUCCAUCGCCUUAAACUGUCGCAUCAAUGAAUACAAACGCUUCAGAGAAGUUGCUGACAAAUACAAGAAGACAGAAACUCUGACCAUUAAGGACAAGAUCAACCGCCUCAACCCCCAUAGCAUUGCCAAGAAGACGGCACGUUUCAGCCAGCAGCUAAAGCACGAGACUGGAAUUAAACCAAAGCUUGUAGAUGAAGAGUUUGAUGCUUUUGAGGGUUUCUUUAACAUUCUUGAGCACGGGAUCCUGGUGCUGCUGGAGAACGUGGAGACGUAUCUACUUCACCUACAGAGAUUCCUGGACUGCAGGACAGAAGAGUUUGACCUUGACAUGGAUGGAGAGAAGUCACCCAUUUGUUACAAAGAGAUCACCACAGCACUCAGACAGUGGAUUCUCCCAACAUUUGAGAAACGUAUGAGGACUUUGAUUCACAAGCCGCUGUGCGCUCUCCGCGACCUCCUGGUGGGGCCGAGGAACCUGAUCAGAAAGAGGCUCGACAAGCUGCUUGAUUAUGAAAUGAUAGAGUCCAAAUCCACUCUGAGUUAUGACGAGCAGGCUGUAGCCAACACCUACAGGACAAUCAACACUUUGCUGCUGAACGAACUUCCUCGCUUUAACGGUCUGGCUCUGCAGAUGAUCUGGAGCAUGUUGGGGACAUUCAGCUGCAUGCAUAAAGACCUCGCUGCAGACAUGGAGCAGCUGUUUCAGAGCUUUGCACAACAGCUCCCUCACAGCCAUCUCCACCCAAGUGCAUUCUGGGAGUGGGCAGAGUCUGCAGUUCUUGAAAGUGCCAAGAAGUUGCAGACUGUGUGUCAAAAUGUGGAGGACACACUCAAUGCUCCAGUCGUCCAGCCUUUGAGCCCAUCGUCUCAGCGCCGUUUGAAGCAGCUCACAGAUAAACAUGGGUCUGGUAAGAUCUACCAGGUGGCGAGCACAGUGGUGGGCAGCCGGGACCUGGACCUGAACCUGGCUAGAGGGGAGCUGGUGGCCAUCCUCAGCGAGGCUGACACACGAGGAGACAAGCGGAGAUGGCUGGUUGAUGCUGGAGGCAGAAGAGGCUACGCUCCUUCCUCAAAGCUUAUUCGCUAUCACCAAGCGAUGGAGGACCCGCCCCCUUCGCCACACCUGAUCGUUCCGUUAGACGUGACUGGAAAGAGAAGACAUUCCUACACCCCAGAAAGCCAGCCUAUGCCUAUGCGAGUCGUGAGGCAGCCUUACUUCCAGGUGAUAGCUGCCUAUGACUUCACUGCAAGGGGAAACCAUGAAGUCUCCCUUCGGGUCGGUGAACCGGUUUGUGUUCUGGAGCCUUAUGACAAACGGGGGAACCGAGAAUGGAGCCUGGUGGAGGCCAUAAGUGGUCAAAGAGGCUACGUACCCUCCAAUUACCUCUCCAUGAAGCCUGUCGAGGCAAGGCCACCUGGCUUCGUCUUCUGAUAGGAGGGGGCACAGGAGCAAGUAAACAAAAACAGUGAUAUGUUAUAUUAUAUAUAAUAUAUUAUAUUAUUUGCUUAUAGUGCUGCAGCUGCCAAAUGAACAACAGCAUACAUGUAGAUUUUGACCUUUUUUCAUGUCAAAACCUAAUUUCAACUAGAUAUCAGUGCAAAUAUGUGGUGGCUGCCUUGUUGUUAGUUUGAACCCAGCUGGAACAUUUUGAAACCAAUCUUCACUGCCUCGUUAACGGUGAUUCUUGUGCAAACAGGUGCAUUGAACAUUUAAAAUCCUUGGAGAAAUUGAUUUAAACCUUUUGGUCAGGUCUCACACCUUUUCUACAAACAUUAGAAAUAUGUUAUUUGAACUUGUUAAUGAAAUAUUUACAGCAGUAAAUAUUCACUAGAAGUUAAACAGUGCAAUGAAGUUUAAAGUAAAUUAGUUUAUUCCUCUUUUAUGCACCUGCUUUCAGAAAUAGAUGUUGAUAGUUCUUGUUUUUAUUAUGUUACAUGGAAGCUGCCUGCUGACUGAACGUCAUGUGCUCUGGUUAAACAUCAGCCAUAAUGUGUGCAAUAGGAAGUGUUUGAGGUGUUGCUACAUAUUUGUGAUGCAUUACCUUUUUUUAAGACUUUAGCUCAACAUAACCAUUGUCUUAUUUUUGAUAUAUGUGACACACUGGAUAACAUGAAGGUCACAUUGUGUCGUUUGACCCGUAGACUCUAAAGGAAGCAUAGCAAUCUGCUUUUGUUAUUUGAAGGAUAAUCUUGAAGGUGUUGUGCAUGUUCUAUAAAGUGCCAUAGGAUAGCUCAGGAUGCUCAUCUGAGCUGAAUGUAAGGAGAAAAUUGUUCAGAUAAUCUUGACUUAUUUCCCACGAUCCUCAGCGGGAAAGAAGGACACGGGGAAAAGAGAUGGGAUGUUCUCAUUAGAGGGUUUCUGUGUUAGUGGGAUAAAUACAGCAGUGAGACACAGAAAGUAAAGGGUGUGUGUAACCUCUUAUAUGAAACUGUGCUGACAGGUGCUUAUGUGUGUGUGUCGUCUGCUCCUCCACCUGGAAGCAGCAGCAUCAGCGCUGUAUAGAGACUGACUGGGACACAGCACUGUCAUCAUUGCAGUCUCCGUAAUGUGAUGUAAAAUAUCUCAAGGGCUAAAGAGAAGGAGCAGGGACGUAAAAAACAAAGUGAAGUAGAAAUGCUUUCUGAGAGGAGGACUGAUGGAGGUUGAUAGUGUUUUCACCGUUUCAACCCUCGUUACAUUAGAAAGCUGAUUCCUCCGUUGCAUGUUUCACUUAACAAGGUGUAAAUUAUCUGUAUGAAAUGGACCAGACAGGAUGGAGGCGAGUCAGGCGACCUACUUCUGUGUUCAUAUGCACCUAAUAAUAGUUGUUGCCAUGGAUACGGUUCAAUCAAUGCAGACAAUGUCUCUGUAGCUUUUUCUUCAAGUUGACUGGACCCCUGAAAAUAUUCUCCCACAGCAGCAUAAUAGAUCAGUUCAGCUCAACUCAACAAAAAUUACGAAACAUGCAUUAUUGCAGAAGAUGGUUUAAAUUACUAAAGUUUAAUGAAAUCAUCAACCUGAAAUGUUUUACACGUUAACAAACAGAGCCUAAAAGUAUUUAUGCACUCUGAAGACUUGAAAUGCUGAAUGAACUAAACCAAGUUAUGUCAUCUGGUUCCACUAAACCUAGUUUCCUAAAUGUUAAGAGUGAAAUACAUUUACUUUUAACCGAACAACAUAUAAGAAUGUAUAUUGCUCUUUUUAAGCAAUUAGGUUUGAUGGGGCCAUUUGACAUAGCAUGGUUAAUUCAACAAUCUGUUUUUUACAGUGUACUUGUGUUAUGGAAAGUGAAUUGGUAUGGAAGUAGAAUCACUUGUUUCUUAAGAUUGACAAUUUCCUUUUGCCUUAAAAAUUUUAAGUAAAAAAAAAUGUACAACACAAUCAGGCAAUUCCAGGCCUGGAGGGCCGGUAUCCAGCAUCUUUUACUCUGUUUCAACACACCUGAUUUUUUCAAUCAGCAGGUGAUUAAAUGACUUCUGCAGAGCCUGGUGAGCUGCUGCACAGGUGAUUCAACCACUAAAUCUAAUGUGUGGGAGCAGAUAAACAACUAAAACGUGCUGUAUACCGGCCCUCCAGGACUGGAAGUGGACAUCCAUACUAUCGUUGCUGUAGUGCUACAGCUAUAAACCAGCAUUACAAUGACAUCAUGUGGACUUUUCCCACAACUAAGUCUUCAUCAACCAUUUAGAUGAAACGUAUUUGAGCUCAUUCCGUAGCGUCUCAAACUACUUUGGUUUUAUGCCGUUUCUGCUGCGGAUGUGGACCAGAGGGGAGGAGGGUCAGACUCCGAGCUGCUCAGCUGGAGUUCAGCUCUUCCCAUCAGUCUGAAUGUCAGAAAGCAGCAGAGCAACAGGAGGCGCGGAGGGAGCAUGUGCAAUAACACUUACAAAACACCACAAUAGCAAAUGUCCUAGAGGUUCAGAGGGAAUAACUGGAAAAUGCCUCAACCUGAGAACAUUUUACCCCUUCUUACCUCUUCAGAGGCCCUUUUAUCAUGGUUGGAUGAAUAAAUGUAAUCAUUCAAAACAGCUUCUGUAAAACAGCUGGGAGCUAAUCUUGACUAUGUGAAUGUUUAAAUUCCUACAGAUGACAAAUUAACGUUUAUUUUUCAUUUAUUUGGAUAAACCAUGUACAUAAUGUUAAUACUGAGCUAUUUUUUGGAUGAGGUCUGAAACCACAUGCCAAAAACAUGAUUCAAUAUUAGAUUUAACUCAUGAACAUCACCAAGGCCAAAAUAUUAGAAAUGAUUGUUUUCAUACCACAUGUCCACCACUAGAUGGAGGAGGUGACUCACGUUAUUUGUGUUUUAUGAGAGCUUUUCUUGUUUACUUUGUAAUUGUCAAAGUGGGUUUAUUUGCUUUUUAUAUGAACAUCAUUACCUUUGUUAGUAUUUACUCUGACAUAACAUGAGAGCAAAAUUAAAGGACAUUCUGUACAUUUUGUUCAUACUGUUUACUUUUCAUUAAGCAGCUUUCAAACAACUGUAGUUUUACAACCUGGUUCUGUUUGUAAUUUAUUGUUAUGUAUUUGUGUUAAACCCUGGUGUGAUUUUAACUUAUUGGAGGCUGCAGGGCCACCGGUCCUGAGGUGAAGCAUGAAGUCCUUUAAGUGUUGCCAAAGUGGUGAUGUUGAGGUGUUUUACUCACACGUGUGUUCACACAGCAGAUGGGAUUUUGUGCUGUGCAGCAGCUGUGAUCCGACUGCGUGACUAUAAUAAAAACAACUCUCAAACCUC